CCUUCGAUCGCGAAAUCACGACCUCUUCUUCGGACUACAGCGGGGCUUACCACGUCAACCGCACCGCAUUAUGUCUCGAGCUUGCGCUGUGCUAUAGCUUCUGGCAGCUUGGCCAGAAACCUCCUGGCUGGUCCCCCAUUGGGCCUCCAGACCACCGACUUUCCUUCCUCGCCGCGAGACGACGACCCCCCCCAUCAACCCGGUGCGCCCGCCGCGCCAAGAGAGCCGUGAUAAGGGCCUGACAGAUCUGGCUCCGUACAGAUGCUAUCGAGACAAGAAUUGGUCUCUGGAACAGUCAACACAUCAUCACAAUGGAGGAGGUGACCUCUAAUACGCCAAGCAGGCUUGCUCCCCCGGCCGUGGCCUCCCUCAGGGCCGCCCCAAUGGAGCGGUCGCUCAGCGAGGACAUCCGGGAGGAGAGGGAGGAGCUCCGCGAGGCCGCUGAGCAGACUCUGAACGUCAUUUUGGAUCUCAACAUUGACGGGACAAUCCGUUGGGUUAGCCCUUCUUGGGUUGACGUUAUCGGAACCCAGCCGGACCCGGUCCUGGGGACCCCUAUUGCCGAUCUCAUCGUCAGCGAUAAUUCCAAUAUCUUUUCGGAAGUCGUCGAGAGCAUGACCCAGGAUGACAGGCGGAGCCAGUUCAUCCGUUUCGCCGUCAAGCUGGGCCCGCUGUCCAAGCUCAUUCCCCUGGACAUGCUCAAAGAACGCGAGGAGACCGCCGAGCCCGUUGUCAUCGACCUGGAGGCCCAAGGCAUCAUGGUCUACACCGGGCCUUCGGGCGGGGAGAGUCAUACCAUGUGGAUGAUCCGACAAUGGGCUGCACCACGGGAGAUCAAGAUCGACCUGCCAAAUGUCAUUGUUGAUUCGUUGGGAUCCGGCGCCGAGGUGCUCGCAAGCUACCUUACCCAACUCGCCGAGUCGAAUCUGGAAGACCCUGAGACACAUCCCCCGCCUCUGCCCGUUCUCUGCCGGAUAUGCGAACGUCAGAUCUCGCCGUGGUGGUUCGAGAAGCACACCGACCUGUGCCUGCAAGAGCAUCGCGCUGAAAUGGAUGUCCAGAUGGCCCAGGAAGGUCUGACGGAACACCGCCAUGCGAUCGUCAAGGUGCUCGACGCCCUCGAGGCAAGACAUAGCCGCUCGUUGGUGGGAGGAGACCAGACAAAACUGCCCGUCGCCGAGUACAAGAGCCUGGCAAUUGGGCCCCCGAACUCAUCCAACUCUUCGCCGGGCAACUCGUCUCCCGUACCGGGUGCCGCCCCUGGCAGGUCACGCGAACGCUCUUCUGGCUUCGGGCACGCGAGGGCUCGGUCUUUUGCCAUUCGCAGACCUCAGGCUAGGAUCGUCGAAUUGCUGCUGGAUCUCUGCGACACCGCCAUCGAAAUCAGCACCCCCGCCAUCAAGGAGUCGUCGCAGGCUCCCGGCGAGUUCCGCACGCAGUCACCGCAGUCCGAAAGCCGGAUUACGCAGGUGAUGCAAUGGGAAACACCUGGCACGAACACGCUGGAGCAGGAACAAGGGCUUGCGUUGCUGUGUGCUGACACGGAAAGGUUCGCUAAAGAAAAGGUCGAGGCCAUCUUCCGUCACCGCAGGAUUCUCGAGUACUCGGAGCGGAUCCGGAUCGAGUUUGCCUACAUGGUCCAGGACUGCAUAGACGCGGCCAUGCGCAAAGCUGCCAAGAUUGCUUCCGGCCGUCUCAGCGACUCGGCCGACGAGGAGGAUGGGGACGGGGACGCUAACGCUACGCCUGCAACUGAAGAAGGCAUUUUCGCCGGGUCUUUCGAUGCGCCUUCAACCUUGGCAUUGGCACUCCAGAACGCUGAUAUCAGUGACGACCCCGACAGGCGCCGGUUGUCGGCGUUGAAUUCGCCGAGAUCGAGUAGCCCCAAGGAGUGUCCAACCCCCCGGUCCAAUCUCGGCCCUCACGGGAGCCUGACAGGUGCUACACAGUCCCGCCGGGAAUCUAUGAUCUUCGAGAGUGAUGCCGGGGAUAGCGACGGCAGCCUGAGGUCUUCCUCGGUCGCUUCAAGAGCUCCGCAGCGGACGGAUUCUCCAAUGUCCGAGUUUGGCGACCUCCGCCGGCAGGCGAGCUCCCGACAACACCACCGCAGGAGUUUGAUUCUCCCAGGUGCCGUGUCGCCACGGAGACAAGAGUCGCCCUCGAGGGGGGCCCAGCCCCCGUCAUCACCUCUCCGGAUCCACAAGCCUCGAAACUUGCCGUUCCCUUCGGACGCUCUGAUGUCCCCUGAAGCGUCGCCGAUGCUGCCGAGCAGCGAAUUCACAUCGCCCAGCAUCUCGCACACUUAUCACCAUCAUCGGAGGCAGUCAUCAGCUGCGGUUUCUUCGGUUCCUGGGGAAGUGGCAGUGAAGCCCCCGCCUUCUCCCCGGCUGAGCGCCGUUGUCGGCGGCCCGCAGGCUAAAGCGGUCCCGCCCUCGAUCAAAGACUUCGAGAUCAUCAAGCCCAUUAGCAAAGGUGCGUUUGGCAGUGUCUACCUGUCAAAGAAGAAGUCUACGGGCGAGUACUUUGCCAUCAAGGUGCUGAAGAAAGCCGACAUGGUUGCCAAGAACCAGGUCACCAACGUCAAGGCCGAACGCGCCAUCAUGAUGUGGCAAGGAGAGAGCGACUUUGUUGCAAAGCUAUAUUGGACCUUCUCGAGCAAGGACUAUCUCUACUUGGUCAUGGAAUACCUCAACGGCGGUGACUGCGCCUCGCUGAUCAAGGUAUUGGGCGGUCUUCCCGAGGACUGGGCCAAAAAGUACCUUGGAGAGGUCGUGCUAGGCGUCGAGCAUCUGCACAGCCGGGGCAUUGUUCACCGCGACCUCAAGCCGGACAACCUACUGAUCGACCAAAAGGGGCACUUGAAGCUGACUGACUUCGGUCUCUCACGCAUGGGGUUGAUCGGAAGGCAGAAGCGGGCCCUGAAUUGCGGGACUGAUGCUGCGCCCGACCUGCUGAAGCAGGGCCCGUUUGCCCGAUCUACCUCGAUGGCAUCGUCUCGAUCCACCUCGUUAGACCUCCACGGCCGAAGCCAGUCUCCAGGUUCCACGCCGCAAAUGACGCCGAGCGACCAUCCCGCAGGCUUACCCCAGCCGUCGUAUUUUAGCUUGGGGCCAUUCUCACAUGAGCCGCGUCGCGUCUCGACCCAUCGCAGCGAUAGCGGGGGCAGCGAGAGCUUGCCGCAGAUGCUCGGGAACUUAUCCUUGAAUGACCCUCACGUGAACAACUCGCAGGUUAUUCUGUCUCCUGCUGAGGGUAGUGAGGCCGACGCUUCUGGCUCACCGGACCUUGCCUCGCUUUCCCACUCGACUACGCAUAAUAGCACCGAGUCCAACAAGGGAACGCCCCCGCAACCACCCAUGCCGCCUCCGAACUGGGCCCUGUUCGACCCCGAAGAUACCAACCGUCGAUUCGUGGGCACGCCGGAUUACCUGGCCCCCGAGACGAUUAGGGGCGAACCGCAAGACGAGACGAGCGAUUGGUGGUCCGUCGGGUGCAUCAUGUACGAGUUCCUUUACGGUAUCCCUCCGUUCAAUGCCGCCGAGGCGGACAAGGUCUUUGAAAACAUUCUGGCCCGCAGAGUUCUCUGGCCGGAUGAAAGCGAGGAUGAGGUUUCGCCGGAAGCCAAGGAUCUUAUCAACAAGCUGCUCUGCAUGGAUACGCAGCAACGGCUCGGGUCCAACCGUGAUGAGAAGUUCCAGAGCGGCGGCGAGGAGAUUCGUAACCACCCGUGGUUUGCUGAGGUGAACUGGGCGUCGCUCCUUCAAGACGAGGCCCAGUUUGUCCCGCAACUCGAGAACCCCGAGGAUACCGAGUAUUUCGAUGCCCGUGGCGCCACCCUGCAAGCCUUCACCGAGGAGAUCGAGGACCAGCACUCGCCGCCUGCUACCGCGCCUGCCGCCGAUUACCACGAUCGCCCACAUGACGCCCUUUCUCGCGUUAGAGCUCAGGUCAACUCGAUGAAGCGUGGCCUCAUGCCGCUCCACAUCCCGCCGCAUGUUCGAGACCAGAAGAGCAGGCGGUUGAGUGAGCCGGCCGCGGCUGACGACUUUGGCAACUUCUCGUUCAAGAACCUACCCGUACUAGAAAAGGCAAACAAGGACGUGAUCCAGAAACUUCGGGCCGAGGCCAUGGCGGCCCAGAGCAAACCAAUCAGUCCUGGCGCCCUAGGAAGCCUCACAUCUCCGGGACCGGUCCUCGAAGGCAGCCCGGUUAUCACGAAUCCGGUUCAGAGGACGCUCUCGAAUGCCAAAGCAUCCCACAGGCCACAGUCGCCGUCUGGUGUCAGCCAGGCCCACUCCUCUCCCAACCGCGCCUCGCAACCGUCGUCCCCUUUGUUGGUCUCGUUCGUUGCCGGUCCGGGAACAGAGGGCCGACGGAAGGCAUCGAGCAAUUCUUCAAGCUUGUCCCAGCCCUCCGGGAACUCAUUGCAACCUGGAAAUUUCUUCGAGGUGGCCCGCGUCCCGCCGAGUUUACAGAAAGCUGCCACCACAAUUGCGGCCACCGCAUCGCCAAGCAAAGGCCGAGGAAGCGCACCAGCUCAGUUACCACUCUCGCCUCAGAAGUCGGUUCCGAACCAUGUCAUGUCCACCCCACGGCAUAGCAGUAGCUCGUCCGGCGGGCGUUCCCGCUCACUUACUGUUGGCUCCCAGGAGGGGAGCCCCGUGACCACAGACAUGUUGGCAGCCCACCACAGGAACCGUCGAAGCCAGGUGUUCGACAUGUCACCGUCGUCUUCGGACAACGAGGGUGAUAAGGCGAACGCGCUUCUCAGAGUCCAACGGCGGCGCCAAAGCUCGAGGCGCAUGUCGUACAUUGCAGCCGGCGACGGUCCCGUUUUCCGCCCCCUGGACGUCCUUAUCUGCGACGACCAUCCCGUAUCUCGGAUGGUGAUGGAAAAGCUACUUGAGAAGUUGCGAUGCCGGACCAUCUCCGCUGCUACGGGCAGCGAAGCCAUCCGAUACGCCAUGAGCGAUAUCAAGUUUGACAUCAUGUUCCUCGAGUUUCGGCUCCCGCAACUCUCGGGGUCCGACGUCGCCCGGAUGAUUCGCGACACCAAGCACGCCAACACGCACACUCCCAUGGUCGCUAUCACGUCUUACUUGAAGGAGCUGCCUGCGCCCCAAUACUUUGACUCGCUCGUUGAGAAGCCUAUCAGCUCGUCGAAGCUGACCGAAGUGCUGAGUACACUUUGCCAUUGGAAAGCUCCGACGCCCGGUCAAACUAGCUCGCUGUCCUUGGCGGUGCCACACCCGAUCCCAUCCGGUCUGCGCCAAGAGAGCCUGCGGCUCGAAGACAGCCCGACAUCAGCCUCGUCGGGCUACCUGAUUCGAUCGAGCGGCAGCUUCCGCGAGGAUUCUAUCAGCUCCAGUCUCUUUGGAGAUUCGGAGUCGGUGGCAACCGACGAUAUCCCGGUUCUCAUUAGCAGGAAGGCUACGGGCGAAUGGGACGACGGGGGACUCGGCAUAUCGGGGCCGGACGAGAUUCUCUUGGCUUCCAACAACCCACCACUAUCCCCUAUUCAGCCACGCCACACCACGCCGCAGUCCGCGCCUGCGCUGAUUGAGCACACGCCAGCGCGCACUAAAGGCCCUGCGCCACAACGCUCGCUCGAAAAGCUCAAGGCGAAGCGCGAGUCGAUUGAGAAGCGCCGGUACGAGGGCAGCGUUGACUCGGCGGACGAUGAAGAUGAUGAGCUCGGCCAGACAAGUAGUGGCAGCGGUAGCGGGAGCGGGAGCGGCAGCGGCAGCACAAGCGGCAGCAACCCCGGCUCACCCUCGGGCCAGCAGUACCGCAGCAAGUCGGGCCUGCCGUCGUCCAAGCUCGGCAUCGAGAUGAUGCGCGCCAACAGCCACGACAGCAUGGUGACCGGGCCGGAAAGCGCGGGCAUAGUGGACUCGGGCACGCAGGUGGCUACGCCGAGCCAGGAGGUGCAGCGGCUAGAAUUCCCCCUACAGGAAGCUGCGAAUGCCGGCCUAAGCACGCCGGCAUACAGCAACCCCUUCGCCCCGGCGCACCCAGCCAUGUGCACUCCACCCGGUCUCGGGGCAGCCACAGGGGGGUUCGUCGGCGGAUCUGACAUCGACGUCGAGGAGACGCCCCGCCCGAUCUCGGCCCUGGACCGCCGGGACGUGUUCGAGGACGAGGAUCCUACCCCUCGGCGCCCGCCGGUCAGGACGGCAGAUCGCGACGACUCCAUGUCGCCGUUUCCGGGCGGCAUCUAAAACCGCACCCAGGACGUGGGCCUGGGUAGCAAGGUGGCUGGCUGGUUUUGCGAGGCUGGCCUGCCAUGCUUACAACAACAUGAACUAUUUUCGUUCCUUCCAUUUGUUUCUUUCUCAAACAGCGCGGCGUUCCCGGGGGUUGGAGGGGUCAGGGGGGGUAGGGAUAAGCGCAGGCCGACACACGAGAUUGCAACACACCAGAACCACU